AGGAACUCUGUCACCGAAGUGUUGGCAACACUGAAUAGGCCUCUCCAAAGUUGAUUUCGUGAUAAAAAUACAGAGAUAAGUGAUUUAUUUUCUCAGUUUUCAGUAGAAAUAGUGUGUAAAAUGUGUUCUAAUAGUGCGAGUACAGUUUUGAGAAUAUUGAGAAAUGCUCCAGCAUUCGUACAAAGUCCCAGCUCAAGCCCAUUCCGAUUACUGAGCAUCUCAACGGCAAGGCGUAACUUUGCAUCAGAAGACACAAAGGACAAUCAAGUGCCAGAAGUGUCGGAAUCUGAGAAGAAAUUGUCUGCUCUUGUGGAGGAACUCAACAAACAAAUUUCCUCAGAGAAGGAAAAGAGUUCAGAGCUUUUGGACAAGUAUAAGAGAGCACUGGCUGAUGGGGAAAAUCUUCGUGUGAGGCUGACAAAACAAAUUGAAGAUGCCAAACAGUUUGGGAUUCAGAGCUUUUGCAAGGAUCUCCUGGAAGUGGCUGAUAUUCUUGCCACGGCAACAGACACUGUGCCCAAGGAAGAGGUCACAGACAAAAAUCCACACCUUAAGAGUCUCUACGAAGGACUGACGAUGACCAAAGCUUCACUGGAUCAAGUCUUCAAGCGACACGGCCUGGAGAGAGUCAAUCCUCUCAAUGAAAAGUUCAAUCCGAAUCUCCACGAAGCCCUCUUCCAACUGGAGAACAAAUCCGUGGAACCAAAUACCGUGAUUGAGGUCAGCAAAAUCGGGUACAAACUGAAAGAACGCUGCAUACGACCGGCUCUUGUGGGAGUCUCGAAAUCCUCAUGAACUGCCUAAGCAAAAAUGUGGCUUUUCCCCGUUUCAAACUUGGUGAUUUCCUGCGAAUUGUUAAUUCUGUCGCAUCCAAAAAUAAAACAAUUAGUAACUAUAUUGUCAAA